AUGUACGAUCCGCCGCUGGAAGGACCGGAGAAUGGGGCUUUGACAGGCAUGAAGUACGAUGUCAAAGUCAACGGCACGCAGACUGUGGCUAUCAGGAACGGCAAAACUAUUGUGAAGACAUACAGUCCAAAUCAGAACAAUCAGACGAUUGUGCGGCUGGCCUUCUACAGAGUCGAACAGGAUGGGAGCGAGACACUGCUGGCCAACGAGUACUCGCCGCUGAAGUCGAUCAAUCGCGCUAUCACUCGUGGAAAGACCGAGGCUACGACUUCUCUGCAGCGUUCUCGUUCAGUACGACGCCCGAUGAGCAGAUCUAUGGCACUGGAACUCAGCAGGAUCACCUCAUAA